UUAGACUCACAGCUAGAGGGAUACUUUACGAACAGUCUGGCAACCCUGUUCACCUUACUAGACGACUGUAGGAGAAAAUGGCAGCGCUAAGGGCAGGACAGACAGUCCGUCAGUUCAGCACGUCAGUGUCCAGGUCCAGGCUGAUAAAGCCCCCCAUUCAGCUGUAUGGAGUGGAGGGUCGCUACGCCACUGCUCUGUACUCUGCUGCCAGCAAGCAGGGCAACCUAGAAACGGUCGAGAAGGAGCUGGUCACCGUGUCUAGUCUAAUCAAGGAUCCCAAGCUGUCAAGCAUUGUGAUGAACCCCCACGUGAAGCGCCAGGUCAAGAACAAGACCUUCACCGAUGCCCUGACCAAGUCCGGACUUUCCCCCAUCAUAUUCAAUUUCAUCAAUGUUCUAGCUGACAACAGGCGCCUGACGCUGACCGGUGAUGUCAUCACCGCCUUCAGCAAGAUGAUGAGUGCUCACCGCGGGGAGGUCAUCUGCACUGUCACCACAGCCCAGCCUCUGGAUCCAGCUAGCCUGUCAGAUCUUAAGGUGGCCCUGAAAGGCUUCCUUCAGAAGGGAGAGAUCCUUGUGCUGGAGACCAAGACGGAUGGGUCCAUCCUGGGGGGCAUGAUCGUGAGCAUCGGGGACAAGUACGUGGACAUGUCCACCAAGACAAAGAUCCAGAAGCUCACCAAGAUCAUCAAGGAUUCCUAAAGUCCUGUGGACUGAGAGGGAGGGGUGUGUGGGAGAGGAACAAGGGGGAAAGGCUGAUUACAUAGUAUAUUACCAGGCUCCCUGUCUAUGCAGGCUAUCUGCUCAUGGAGCCAGCCUGGCUUUCUAUUGUCUUGUUGAUAUUAAUGUAAUAAAUCUUCUGAAACAGA